AUGGCGAGCAGCUUGGACACAUUGUGUGGGCAAGCCUUCGGGGCAAGACAGUACCAUCUGCUCGGCAUCUACAAGCAGAGGGCAAUCCUCGUGCUCACUCUGGUGAGCGUUGUGGUUGCGGUGCUCUGGGCGUACACGGGACAGAUCCUCCUGCUCUUCGGCCAGGACCCAGAGAUUGCCAUGGGGGCAGGGAGCUACAUCCGGUGGAUGAUUCCAUCACUAUUCGCUUACGGAUUGCUGCAGUGCUACGUCCGGUUCCUCCAGACGCAGAACAUCGUCCUCCCGGUGAUGGUGAGCGCAGGCGUCACGGCGCUGAGCCACGUGCUUGUGUGCUGGUUGCUGGUGUACAGGCUUGGGCUGGGCAACAAGGGCGCUGCCCUGGCCAAUGGCAUCUCGUACCUGGCCAAUGUGUCAAUCUUGGCUAUCUACAUCAGGGUCUCUCCAUCCUGCAGGAGCACCUGGACAGGCCUCUCAAAGGAGGCGUUUCACGGCAUCCUUAGCUUCGUGAAGCUUGCUUUGCCAUCUGCGCUGAUGAUUUGUUUCAUUAGUAUUCAUGAUCCCCUCCGGUCUUGGGGCAGCCAUAAGCACCCGUGUUUCAAACGAGCUUGGUGCUGGGCGACCUGA